UCCUGUCGCUGCUUGAAGACCGUGGCAGAAGGCAGCUACGACGAAGUCAUUCUACUACUCGGUUAUGAUUUCAGACUCCCAUGCAUUGGACGCUACCAUAAAACCAUUGACUUUGACAUCGGUGUCCUGUUACGCAUGCGAGAGAUCAGCAACCCCAUUUCUUGCUACUUUACUCUGUAACAGCUGCAGCUCUUAAGCAUCCAAUGCUUCAAUCGUUUCAGGUGGAACCCGCACGCUUUAUGUACACGUGUAUCAUGCUUAGUGUCUCGGCUCUGCCGAAGCGUGUCCGCAGGAAGCUAGCAAUCCAAAGAGCUGGUGAGGAAGGGCUUGGCCAAAGUCCACGAUCAGGUCAUCUACCAAACUCUUCUAUAAAAGCAGGAGAUGGCCGGCAAUCUGAUUUCGCGCAUUGGGUGGUGUUGGCUCGUGGAGUAUGGCCUUUUGGUUCUUCCUUCUUCUGGCGAUCGCGUCUCUGAGCACAGUUCACGCACAGCUUCCUACUACUGACGGAUACGUAAGUAUCGACUGUGGCAUCAGCAGCAACACAAAUUACACCGACGAAACCACCAACAUACCAUACGUAUCAGACGACGGGUUCAUCGACACAGGGACGGACCACACCAUCGCCUCCAACUACGUAGACUCCUCGCUCGAGAAACAACUACAGACUCUUCGAAGCUUUCCAAAUGGAUCUCGGAAUUGCUACGCACUGACGGUUACGCCGGAGCAGAAGUACUUGGUGAGAGCCUCCUUCAUGUACGGGAGCUACGACGGCCUGAACGGAGCGAGCCCCAGCAAUCCCCUCCUCUUCGACCUUCACCUUGGCGUCAACCUUUGGACGACCGUCAACAUCACCAAGGCAUCCGAUGUUCAUCGGGCAGAGGCCAUUUUUGUUGCUUCUGCUGAUUCCGCAUCAGUCUGCUUGGUAAAGACUGGCUCUGCAACUCCCUUCAUAUCUGCACUGGAGCUACGGCCGCUCAAGAACACCAUCUAUCCUUACGCCAAUGCUACGCAAAAUCUGGUCCUGUUCUUGCGAAUUAACCUGGCACCGACCACGAAUCACUUGUUGAGAUAUCCGUUCGACCGCUACGAUCGCAUCUGGCUGCCCUUCGUUGCUGCGGCCGGUUGGACCUCCAUAUCUACCAACCUCACUGUAAAGAACUACGCCAAGGAUCAAUUCGAGGCUCCGUCGGCUGUCAUGCAAACGGCGGCAGUGCCCGUUAACGCCAGCAUGUUGGAAUUCUCCUGGGACUUUGUGGGCUCGGGCGCCCCCGUUAACGAGUUCUACGCCAACCUCCACUUCUCGGAGCUUCUCCCGAACACCUCGAGGGCGUUCGACGUUUACAUCAAUGACGAUAAGUGGUUCGCUAACUAUACCCCGCCCUACCUCAUGUCCGGUGCCAUAUACAGCACCACCCCCCUGUAUCCUAGUCUGCGGUAUAAUUGGGCUCUCAACUCCUCGGGCCUGUCCACGCUUCCUCCAAUCCUCAACGCGCUCGAAGUCUACACGCCGAUGUUUUUCAAGAACACGCCGACCGACUCUGACGACGUUGAUGCCAUUAUCAAUAUCAGGGUACAAUAUCAACUGAAGAGAAACUGGAUGGGUGAUCCAUGUUCCCCAAAAGAAUAUGCUUGGGAUGGCUUGAAGUGCAGCUAUGAUCUCAAUUCACCAAGGAUCACAGAUGUAAACCUGUCGGCAAGUGCAUUGACUGGCCCUAUUUCCUCUUCUUUUGCCAAGCUCACAGCAAUCAAGUACCUUGACUUGUCAUAUAACAACCUAACAGGACCCUUGCCAGAUGUUCUGGGAAAUUUGCCAUCACUUCAAGUCCUGAAUUUGGCAGGCAACAAUCUUUCUGGGCCAAUUCCUGCUUCUCUACUAAAACGAUCACAGCAAGGGUUGCUGAUACUUAGAACUGAAGGCAAUCAAAAUUUAUGCGCCAGUGGAAAUUCAUGUGAGAUAAAGACGGACACAGAAUCAAAAAAGAAGAAGAUUGCAACACCUAUUAUCGUGAUUAUUUGUCUAGUUCCUGUGGUGCUAUUUCUUGUGGCUAUAUUUAUCUUCUGUCGUAUGAGAAAAUCAAAAGGGUCAGCAAAUAUCUUGGUACAGCCAGAGAAGGAAAGAUUGUCCAACUUAGUAAAGGGUCAUCAAGAUAAUCCUUUGCAACUUGAUAAUCGACAGUUUACGUACACGGAGGUGUUGAGAAUAACCAACAACUUUGAAAGAACUCUUGGCAAGGGUGGAUUUGGCACUGUGUACCAUGGAUAUUUGGAAGAUGGUACUCAAGUCGCGGUCAAGACACGCUCUCAAUCAUCUUCGCAGGGAACCAAAGAGUUUCUAGCUGAGGUGCAGCACCUGAUAAGGAUUCAUCACAAAAGUCUAGUUUCUUUGGUUGGCUACUGCAUGGAUGGAGAUCAUCUGGCUCUCGUCUAUGAGUACAUGUCUCAAGGAACACUGCUGGAUUAUAUUAGAGGUAAAACCCGCAAUGCCAGUGCUUUUAGUUGGGGAAAACGUCUCCAGAUCGCAAUUGAAGCCGCACAAGGUCUAGAAUAUUUGCACAAGGGAUGCAAACCACCACUAAUACAUAGGGAUGUGAAGACUGCAAAUAUCCUUUUGAGUGAACAGCUAGAGGCAAAGAUUGCAGAUUUUGGACUGUCCAAGGCUAUCCAAAAUGAUGUUACUAAUGUGCCCACGGCAGUGGUUGGCACACCCGGAUACCUUGAUCCAGAUUAUUACAUCUCCGGCCAACUCAGUGAGAAGAGUGACGUGUACGGAUUUGGGGUGAUCCUGUUGGAGCUCAUCACAGCUGAGCCGCCAAUUCUUAUAGGCAGACAGAAUGCUCAUAUAGUUCAACGGGUGCGCGAAAGGCUUGCCAACGGGAAUAUCGAGGAUGUCGUUGAUUCCAAGCUGCAGGGGGAGUACGACGUGAAUUCGGUGUGGAAGGUUGCUGAUAUAGCAUUUAGGUGCACGGCACAAGCCUCCCACCAGAGACCCACCAUGACGGAAGUUGUAGCGGAGCUGAAGGAGAGCUUGGCACUGGAAUGCCCUCGUGAUACCAUGGGCAAUAGUAACAUCUACGCAGAAACCAACGAGGCGAGCCAGAAUACCGCUAUAGAAAUGGAACGAUUUGUGGAGUUCUCUCCAUCAGCAAGAUAGAACCAUGGGCUGUGUGGGAUGAUGUGUACUUCUACGUUCAAUUGAGCUCUAAUUUUGUCUUAGAGACUGAUAUGUACUAUAAUGUUGUGCUUUGAUGAGUGUACGGUAAACACUAAGCUAAAUAAGUUCUGGGUGAAUUUUGGA